UUGUACCGUACUAAUAAUUGUCAUGCAACUUUAAAAUCCUGCUCUGCGAGGCUCGGUGACGUCACACAGGAAGUCUUCGUGCCAGUCAGUCAGUCAGUCAUCUGACCUAGCAAUAAGAGCAGAUCGAUCGGGCGGCCAGAGGUCAGAUCAGAUGAGAUGGCGUAUCCAAAGUCCCACAAUCCGUUUGCAGACGACGACGACGACGAAGAGAGCUUCCGGCCUACCAACAGGGCCUCGGACGGUGACCAUGGCGACAGCCAACUGAGCGAUGCCGAGAGGAGACAGCGCUACCUCCAGCAGGAAGUGAUGCGCACAGCUCAGUCCGCGGUGGACAGCAGCUACCGUUCAAUCGGCCUCAUCUAUGAAUCGGAGAAGAUGGGUGUGGAAACGGCGGAGGAGCUGAUGCGUCAGGGGGAAGUUCUACAAAGGACAGAUAAAAUGUUGGACAAUAUGGAUGAGGACAUGAAGACCAGUCAGAAGCACAUCAAUAGCAUCAAGAGUGUUUGGGGCGGCUUGGUCAGUUACUUCAAGGGCAAACCUGAACAGCCCAAACCUGCGCCAGAGGAGCCCAAGGCCUACGAGGCCAAUGACAGGUUACAGAAUGCCUUGGCCACUAGCAAAGGGCAAGAAGACAAAUACCAAGCCAGUCAUCCCAACCUGAGAAAGCUGCAGACAGGAGGGUUUGGAGCCACGGCAUCCGUAGAUGGCGGCGGCUCCUCCUCACAAAAUGCACCCCCUCAGAACAGACACCUUCGACAAGCUCACCAGACCUUGGACAACAAUUUAGAUGAAAUGGCAAACGGCUUGAGCCGCCUCAAGAACCUCGGCUUGGGUCUGCAAUCUGAGAUUGACAGCCAGGAAGACUCCAUCGAUUCUCUGCUCAACAAAGUGGACAAGAUGGACACCAAGAUCAACAGCACAAACCAGCAGAUUAAAAAGCUCAAAUAAAACAAACUCUUUGGACUUCAGACCUCACUGACAUCUUGCGAGUCAUCACUUGAUUUUCCGUCCUGUCCCAGUGAAGAAUAAACUGGCACGUUCUUUUUUGCAUAUUCAUUGUGUUUAUUAUAAAUGUAUGUCCCAUCUUAGUCUAUUUGACUUGUGUCCAUUAAAGGGAAGACUGUUUGUAUUUGUAAGUGGUCUUCUCCAUCAGUCUAUACACAUGCAUCUCUAUAAAUGACUUUUGUGUGACAAUUCAGUUCAAAAAUUGAAACCCAAACAUUUCCGACAAACAUACGUAUAUCAUAAUUGGAUUAAAUAAAAUGAAGCCUUAAGAUAGCAAAAACACCCAAACCACCAUCUUGAGAAAUACAUAACAGUCACUAGGAUUUUUAUGUUGAAAUUAUGUCCAAAUUGGUUGGCGAAAAGAAUCACUUUUUGCUCAAACUACUGAAAUAAAUGAACUUUUCUUUGAUCGUCCUGUUUAUGGAGAUGCGGCUGUGCCUCCAAACAAUGUGUAUAAAAAGAUGUUGCCUUACAAUUUAGACAGAUAACUGUUGACAUUUUCUCUUGUUCUUUCUCAUGUCAAGGAGCUCAACAGCAGUUGGACUCAACAAAAGUCUUUGGUCUUUGCUUUCUUACUGAGCCUGUUGUGCAUUGAUUGUUUAGAUCAAUUGGAAUGUUUGAGAAGGAUACAGGAUAAAUGUUACUGUGAGCGAACUGGAAUCAUUUGACGAUUACAUGGAAUAAAGUUGAAGAAAUAUUCCC